GGAGAGGUGCCGCUGUCACGUGGUGCGCCGGGCAGCUGCCCCGCCCCUCCGUGGCCGCCCCGCCCCGGCCCGCCCCUUUCCCGGCGGGACGCUCGGAGUCGCCCCGAGCUGCGCAGGCCGGGUGGCCGGGGGAGUCACACCCCAUGGGUUUAUGUGGUGAAUGAUCUUGGCACAGAAGAGAAUGAAAGCAUGAUGGCUUCAUUCCAGCGCUCCAACAGUCACGAUAAAGUAAGGAGGAUAGUGGCCGAGGAGGGCCGGACAGCGAGGAACCUGAUUGCCUGGAGUGUUCCCCUCGAGAGCAAAGAGGAUGAUGGAAACCCCAAGUGUCCAUCUGCUGGAAAGCCCAAGAGAUCAGCUCCAGGCACGCACAAGGCCGCCAAACAGAACACUGCAGUAGACUGUAAAAUAGCAUCCACAGCUGGGGAAAAGCACUUUGAUAAAAGUCCUACCAAAACAAGGCAACCUCGGAAAAUUGAUCUGCGGGCUCGAUACUGGGCGUUCCUGUUUGACAACCUUCGCCGGGCAGUGGAUGAAAUCUAUGUGACCUGCGAGUCGGACCAGAGCGUGGUGGAGUGUAAGGAGGUGCUGAUGAUGCUGGAUAACUACGUGAGGGAUUUCAAAGCACUGAUCGCCUGGAUUCAGCUGCAGGAGAAGCUCGAGAAGACAGAUGCUCAGAGCAGACCCACGUCCUUGGCCUGGGAAGUAAAGAAGAUGUCUCCAGGGCGUCAUGUGAUUCCAAGUCCGUCAACAGACAGGAUUAACGUAACCUCAAACGCUCGGAGAAGCUUAAAUUUUGGGGCUUCUCCUGGGACAGUGGCUGCUCCCCGUCUGGCUCCUACGGGUGUCAGUUGGGCAGACAAGGUGAAGGCUCAUCACACAGGCUCAACUGCUGCUCCAGAUGUGGCCCCUGCCCAGUCUUGUCCACCUGUGACUCUGCAGAAGGCUUCCCGCAGAAAUGGCAAGUGGUUUUGAAAUACUCUUCUUGUGUAGUAGGCACCUGAUUGUAUAG